AUGGCAUCAGAGAUAGAGGCUGACUAUUCGGCGCGCCCUGACGGCCCGGAUGACAAUGAGAUCAUGCUACAAACCCAACGAAAACUACCACUCACUUUACCAUGGGGCCACACACCUAUUCGACUGGGGACUACCUUUCAUUCAAGCCGGCAGUCCACAAAGAAUCCUUGGUCCGAUGAGACACCGUUCGUGCUAUCCGAUCUGCACAUGAUCCCCAAAGAGCUGCACUUUGAGUAUGGCACUACAUCGACCUUCAAGAAGGUUUCAACAAGAAGGGAACGCGAAACGAAAGAUCAUCUCACGCUAGGUUUCGGCGUGGGCGUUGGUCUUCCGUUCCUUGCCGCUGCAAGUGUGAAAGGCGAAUUUGAUCAGAACAUUGAGGAGAAUCGAGAUUCUGAAAAGAUAUCCUUGAACUCAAGUUGUCGUGCCGGAACUAUUGAAUUUCAGAGGCAGCCUCGCUUGAACAAAGAGGCGAUCAUAGAGAUUAAAUACGGUGGAGGCUAUGAAGCUCUUUGCAAGAAAUAUGGCGACUAUUAUCUCUCAGGGUACCGGCUCGGUGGGGAUACUGGUAUCCUGAUAAGUGCAGCCGGGCAUACACGCAAUCAGAUUGACACUUACGGCAUUACAGCCACGGUCACAGUCCUUAUGAUCUCGGCUAGUAAGCACUGGGAUAAAGACUUCAGAUCAUUCGUCGCUGGUCGCAGUACGAAACUGCUAGGUUACGAUACCAUCGACGGAAAGACAUGGAAACGAUCUAGCGCAGAAGGCGCGGAGAUUAAAGAAAUGCAGGCUUGGGGUGGCUACGAUCCCGAAGUGGAUAAUGGCUCGCUUCGAGCCGAUGCAGAUGCUAUCCUGACACGGUCGGAAAAUACUUUGGAACGUAUCUUGGACAUACUAGAGAAACAUGGCUAUAGAAAUAGCGCGAGUUUGACAUUCAAUCAGUGCGAAGAGCUUGUCGCAGAAGGAGUCGUGGUCGAGCUGCUGCUUCAGCCGCUUUGGAGACUACGCGAUGUAGUGCAAUGGCGGUUGGAAGAUAACAUCAUAUGA